AGACUUCAAUAUUUACCAAGCAACCAUUCCUGAUCGAAUGCAUAUGCUAGAUCUCGGUUUGUUUAAAUAUAUGUUGGAUUAUACCAAAGAACUUUUAAAUGAACAAUGUGGAAGUUGGACUGUUCAAACUCUUGAGCAACGAUUGACAGAAAUUUCUAGAUUUCAAGGGCUUAAAAUAAUAAAAAACGUGUUCGAUAUGACGCGUAUGACUACUAAUGAUCU